UUCUGAGCGACUCCUAGAAGUGGGGCUGCAAGGGGCUUCAGGGAGGAGGCGACCCACCCCUGUUCCUCCAGCAGGCGUCGACACCGCUCGGGACCACAGAGCAUCGGCAGCACCUCCCAGGAGCCCGGCUUGCCGGGGACGCGGCGGCAUCAUGGUCUCCCACUUCAUGAGGGCUCUCAGAGUCCUGGGCUCCCUCCUGCUGCUCGGGCUCCCGCUCAUCUGUCCGCAGUCCUCCAUGGACCACAGAAAGGUCCCACAGCGGAUGGCCGCGGCGGCUGAGGCCGCCCCAGAGGACAGCGGCGGCGCCCCGGGCGUGUGGGGAGCCUGGGGCCCCUGGUCCGCCUGCUCGCGCAGCUGCAGCGGCGGCGUGAAGGAGCAGACGCGGCCCUGCCUGCCCAGCCCGGCCCGCGCCCCGACGCGUGCCUUCGCGGGCCGCGUGCUGUCGGCCGUGCGCACCUCAGUGCCGCUGCACCGGAGCCGCCAGGAGCUGCGCGCCGCGCCCGGCCCCGACGCCGGCCGCCAAGGACCCGCCGCGCUGCGAGGCAGCCGGCACUCGCAGGCCCUGCGCGGCGGCGGAGCCCCAGCAGAAAGAAGGGGCAGGACGCACGGCGCCAUCGGCCCCGGCAGGUACGGCUACGGCAAGGCCCCGUACAUCUUCCCGCUGCAGAUGGACUCCACGCAGCACCCACCGCAGAGGCUGCGGAGACAGAGGCCCCCUUCCGGCCAGGCCAGGGCCCAGGCUGCAGCGGCUCCAGGGCCUGGCUACGGCCCAGCGGCCCAGCAGGGCCCCCAGCAUGCGCCCGGCUACCACGGUGCCCGCGGCCCUCGCUUCGGGCUGCAGGCCCCCGAGGCCUCCAGCUACCAGCUGCCUUUGACCCAGGACCAGGGCUUCCCUGCAGCUUCAAGUCUCUUCCAAAGCCCAGAAACGAGCAGCAGCCAUGGCGCGGGGGCUCCUGGCACAGCUCAGAGCUUCCUGCAGCCUCCCCGCUCCACCGCCAUCUCCUGCAUCGGCGCCUACCGGCAGUACAAGCUGUGCAACACCAAGGUGUGUCCAGACAGCAGCAGGAGCAUCCGGGAGGUCCAGUGCGCGUCCUACAACAACAAGCCGUUCAUGGGCCGGUUUUACGAGUGGGAGCCGUUCGCAGAAGCAAAGGGCGACCGCAAGUGUGAGCUGAACUGCCAGGCCAUCGGCUACCGCUUCUACGUCCGGCAAGCAGAGAAGGUCAUCGAUGGCACCCCCUGCGACCAGCACGGCACGGCCAUCUGCGUGUCUGGGCAGUGCAAGAGCAUCGGCUGUGACGACUUCCUGGACUCCGACAAGGUGGUGGACAAAUGCGGGGUGUGUGGCGGAGACAACUCGGGCUGCCAGGUGGUGUCUGGCGUGUUCAAGCGGCCACUCACCAGCCUGGGCUACCACCGCGUCCUGGAGAUUCCCCAGGGAGCCACGAAAAUCAACAUCACCGAGAUGCACAAGAGCAACAACUACCUGGCCCUGCGCAGUCGCUCCGGCCGAUCCAUCAUCAACGGGAACUGGGCCAUUGACCGGCCCGGGAAAUACGAGGGCGGAGGGACCAUGUUCACCUACAAGCGUCCCAACGAGAUCUCCAGCACAGCCGGAGAGUCCUUCCUGGCCGACGGCCCCACCAACGAGAUCCUGGAUGUCUACAUGAUACACCAGCAGCCCAACCCCGGCGUGCACUACGAGUACAUCAUCCGGGGCACCAACGCCAUCGGCCCGCAGGUGCCGCCGCUCAGGAGAUCAGGGCAGCCCUUCAACGGCCAGCUGGUGACAGACGGCAGGAGCCAGGACGAGGGGGAGCAGGAGCGGAGCGAGGAGACGGAGGACGUGGGCAGCCCCGACAGCCCGGUGCCCCCAGCACCGCAGCCGCCACGGCGGAGCCAGGGGCACAGGUGGAAGCAGCUGGGGAUGAUGGAGUGCUCAGCUACCUGCGGGAAAGGAUCGCGGUCACCCAUCUUCCGCUGUGUGCACAGAAGCACGCAGGAGGAGGUCCCCGAGAGCUACUGUGACGCCAGCGUGAAGCCAAGCCCCGAGGCCGAGCCGUGCAACAUCUUCCCCUGCCCGGCCUUCUGGGACAUCGGCGAGUGGUCGCAGUGCAGCAAGACCUGUGGCCUAGGCACGCAGCACCGGCAGGUGCUGUGCCGCCAGGUGUAUGCCAACCGCAGCCUCACCGUGCAGCCCUACCGGUGCCAGCACCUGGAGCGGCCGGAAACCGCCAGCACGUGCCAGCUCCAGAUCUGCAGCGAGUGGCACAUCCGGGCCGACUGGACCUCGUGCUCAGUGCCCUGCGGCGUGGGGCAGAGGACCCGCGACGUGAAGUGCAUGAGCAACCUCGGGGACGUGGUCGCCGACGAGGAGUGCAACGUGAAGCUGCGGCCCAGCGACAUCGAGAACUGCGACAUGGGGCCCUGCGCCAGGAGCUGGUUCCUCACCGAGUGGAGCGAGCGGUGCUCGGCGGAGUGCGGGGCCGGAGUGCGGACACGCUCAGUGGUGUGCAUGGCCAACCACGUCAGCAGCCUGCCCCUGGAGGGCUGCGGGGACAACCGGCCAGCCGAGGCCACCCCGUGUGACAACGGGCCCUGCACGGGCAAGGUGGAGUGGUUCGCGGGGAGCUGGAGCCAGUGCUCGGUGGAGUGCGGCCCGGGGACGCAGCAGAGGGAGGUCAUCUGCGUGAGGAAGAACGCGGGCAGCUUCGAGGUGCUGGAGCCCUUCGCCUGCUCCUUCCUGGAGCGGCCCCCGAGCCGGCAGGCCUGCCACCUCAAGCCGUGCGGCGCCACGUGGUUCAGCACCGAGUGGAGCAUGUGCUCCAAGAGCUGCCAGGGUGGCUUCCGGGUCCGGGAAGUGCGGUGCCUGUCGGACAACAUGACCCUGAGCAACCUCUGCGACCCUCAGUUGAAACCAGAAGAGAGAGAGACCUGUAACCCCCAGGACUGCGUCCCUGAAGUUGAUGAGAACUGCAAGGACCAGUACUACAACUGCAAUGUGGUGGUGCAGGCACGCCUCUGCGUCUACAGCUACUACGAGACCGCCUGCUGCGCCUCCUGCACCCGCGGGGCCCACCGGCAGGCCGGCGUCCUGGGGAGCAGAUAAUCCCGCAGCCCCGUGAGCUGCUGGCCCAGAGCCCUGACGGCCAGCUCUGUCGCCACCUUGUCCUCAGUGAAGCAUCCACAGGGCUCCCAGGAGCCUGUGCGCAGGAUGCUCUAAGCCACCAUGGGUCCUUGUGGUGUCCACCCUGUGCACUGUCAACCCCUCCCUGCCUUUGGACCUGGCACCAGCCCGUGAUGCUCUCGGAAAACCACGCAGAGGGACGCGCCUGCCACUCUCGCCCAGACCCCAUCCCGGCACUUCCUGAGCUGGCAGAAGGGCCAGGUCACUGCCUCACCCGUGCUCCUGGUCUUCAGCACCCCUGCAGGUGGGAGGAGGCGGUGCUUGUCCAGAGCCCGCUCUGCUCGGCCGCGUUGCCUGCUUCCCUCUGCCACUUCAGCCCGGCUGUGCCUCUGCCGUGUCCAGGGCGUUGCGCUUUCUGCCUUAAGACGCAAGCAGCUCGUGUUGAUCCCACGCUUCAGUGUUUAGUAGGUGCCUCAGAGAGUAGCCCUUGAGCCACUCACCGCUCCCAGAAUGGGAGCAGGCACAGAUAAUCACCCCAUCUUACUGACCAGGAAACUGAGGCCCAACUCAGGUAUUGCCCUGUCAGGUGGAGUCACCCGUUCAGUGGUGUCCCCUGCCAAGGUGAACACUGGUGACCUCAUCCCACUCCUCCUCCAGGGCCUGCCCCGAAGCCGCAGGUGUGCGUUCAGAAACCUGCAAAACGCCCCUUGCACAGACAAAGCCCAGGCCUUUGAAUGCCUUCCUCAGGUCACAGGUCAAGGCCCAGGUGUGUCUGCUGGUGCCUUCAGCUCCGUCCUCAGCCUUGAAGUCCACCACAGGAUAGGCUGGACCUUGGCCCCCCACCCCGUCCGUCCCUGUCCCUGUGUUUGGUUUCUGGAUUUCCCUCUGGAGCCCACCCCAGGCCAGGAGCCCCCUGCCUACCCAGCUGUGGCGGAAGCAGCCGUCUGCCUUCCGAGGCAUCCUGAGCCCCGGGCCUGGCUGCUGAACUCGGCCUGCUCUUCCUGGAGAGCCCCGGGCGCCCCCUCCCCGUGCACACGUGCCACCCAGACUCUGCUGCUUGGCUGAAGGAGACCAGCAGGGGCUCCUGUCCACCUCUCUCUCCCCAGCCAUCUCGGGGAGUUUGUCCUGCGCAUGGCCACUCUCAGAUCUCACUGAACACGUCAGUCGCGAGGGGGAUGGAGGGCUGUGUGGCGUUCUGUCUAGGAUGGAGAGCAGGCAGCGUGGGUGGGAAGAAGAGGAAACGGCUGGCUCUGGCUGAACUUUGCGAAGUUCCCAGCUGUCUGUGCUGUUUGGCUGAGGCCUGGGUGGCUGUGGGGUCCUGUCCCCCAGAGCUGUCGUGACCCGGGUGGGUCCUGGGUAUCACCUGCUGGUUCUGCACUGGGACCGUGCCCCUCCCAUGAGUGUCAGCCGCAGGAGCAGGAGACAGCAGUCCUGUGCAUGUGGAGGGGGUGGGGUAGUACCUGAAGAGGGGCUGGUCCAGGGAGCUGCCCUUGGCGCUGGCUCGUCCUCAGAGGUCACAGAUCUCUGGAGCAGGGGUUUUACUGCUUUGCCUGAGUAGAGUUUGCUGAUCUCUCCGUUUCUUAGGUCAGCAUCUCAUUGCCUUUCUUCCGGCACAGCGCCUUCGGCCAGGGCCCAGGGUGUUCCCAGCAAUGCUCUCCUAGGAUGGGGUUUCAGAGGAAGCCCCUCCGGGCACAGCUGCGUUUCUUCCUCCCUCCUGCCCACCCCCUUCCAUCACCACCAUCUGCUCUCUGCCUGCGAUCUCUGCCUGCCUGUGCUUUGGAGGUGAAAUUUCACAUUCCGCCCCCACCCACCAGUGUACUGGAGCGCCUGAAUCCCUGCUCUGAAGUUUUAAAUUAAAGCUGGUGUGUUUUUCCUCACAAAAAUCAGCAAAGCUCCAAACAAGAAUGGUUUGGGUUUUUAGUUCUCUCUAUUGCCAGAGGAAACUGUGCCUCUUACAGCCAUGUGCGUUCCAUUCACUCGCUCACACCCAGGACUGACUCCCAGGGCUCCAUGCCAGGAAGGUGUAGCCCAAGAAAGAAACCAGAAGCUGUGGGACCCCGAGCGCUAGGGGCAUCCUGUACCUGCAGCACACAACUGGAGCAGGAACAGAUCCAGGCCCGCCCCCCUCCUGUCCCCCCGCAGGAGCCAGGUGGGAUGGGGGCCCUCGGCUCACCCGUCCUGUGGCUGUCUUCUCUGGUCGGGGCUCUGUAGGUUUCUGCUCCUUUCCUGAGUGUGGAUCGCCUGCUUAGUCUGUGUGGCUCCAGCACCUUCCCUUGGAGAAGUGUGGUCUUGGAAGGGUGAGAGGAGGGAUGCCGGCUGCACUGACUCUCAUUGCUGUGGGGCAGGGACAGGAACCUGGCAGCUUCCCCAGCUACUGUCCAUUUUUCCAGUAAUGCAGCCACGUUAGAGUGGGAACAGAGGUGUCCCAGUGUGGUGGAGAUGGGCAUAGGGGUAGUGACAGGAAACAGGGCUUGAGUGACAGUCUAACAGGCAGAGGCACCUGUGACACCCUCACAGAGGUCGGCCAGUGUGGCCCUCGCUGUGCAAAACACCUCCGAUAGGAGUCAGAUGGGAGGUUCUGUCCAAACAUGCGUGAGAAAAUGGGGUUAAAGGAUGAGGCUAUUUUUGGGCAAAAAGUAUUUGGCAAUCAAUAUAUACCCAGCUCCAUUUUUCCGUGAGCGUUUUGAAGUCGUCUUGAAGGUGCCACUGAGUUCCUGUUGCCAGCUCCCAGCUCCUGCUCCCGCUCAGCCUCGUCACACCCAGUGCUGGGCCCCUCCCCAGCAGGUUGGGAUCACAGGUGGCCUGUUGGCGUUGUCCACCCAGGGGGAGGCAGAGCGUAACCGGCCUCCGGUGCCUUGUGUGCUGUCUGCAUGCUGAGCUCUGUUCUGAGGGUGAUGGGGGGGGCGGGGGCAGGGGGCUUGCUUGGUGCCAAGGAUGAGCGGCCCCAAGGGGCUGGAAACUUCAGCCACACAGCCCUUCACCCCAUGAGAAGAAAGCCGCUCAGUGCUGCCUGCCUGGGCAGAAGGGUGGGCUUUUGUGAUAAAUUAUUGUUUGUGCUGUGUAAAUACAAGAUGUUUAUAGGAAAUCUGUAAUCUGGGCUCUACCUACAGAACGAGUCGCUACACAAAAAUAGUUCUAUGCUUUAGAAUAUGUUGACUGUAAAGUAUUUAUUUCCAUCCACGACCCACACGCACACGGAUCACCGGCUCCCGCUAAGCCAGUGUGUCCCAUGUAGCCACACAGUAAGAUCCUGUUCUGGAUCCAUGGUUGCGCUGGCUCAGGACACGGAGAAGCCGUGCUCCUUAGCGCUCCCUGCUUUCCCUUCAUCCAGGGGAUUCCCUGCCUGGUGGUGGACCCCUGGCCGGACCUGGCACCUUCAGUACCGCGCGCCUUGCCUCCACGCGGGGAGGAGGACAGGGUCUUUCUCCUCGUGUGGCUGAGCCGCAGGAGUCACCCCCAUCCUUGUGCGGAGGCGGAGCAGGGGCGGGAGAGAACUGGGGACAGCUGGGGCCAGGAACACGCAGAACACUGAACUGCCCACCGACCCCACGUCUCCAUUGCCGUGGUACAUUCAUCGGUGUCCAAGGAGCUGCAGGGCAGGCACUGCCUUGUGUGAGUAAAAUGCAACCUGGCUCUUCCUCGGCAGUUUAAAGUGGCAACUAUUUUUGUGUAUGACUAAUUUAUUUGUAUUAUUGUAAAAAUGCAAUAAAUGCGCCA